GCGGCGGCGGGCGGUGAGUCGCGGCCCGGGCGCGCGCCGUGUGCCCGCGAUCCCAGGUGGUUUCAGACGCAAGCUCAGAGACAGCCAGGCCAGAGUCCAGAGGUGCAAGGGCAUGGAAAUCAUGGGCUUGGACCUUGGAGCCAGAUGGCCUGGGUUCAUCUCCUGGCUCCACAGCUGAUAGGCGCCCAGCCUUGGUGUCUUAUGGGAAGCUAUCUGAGAUCCUUUGUGUCAACAAGGCUCCCUGUAGUGACUCUUUCUCUCGGCAAGUGAAGCUGAGGCGGCCGCUGCAGAAUGAACCACAGCCCUGAGAAGGGGAAGUAGAAGCUCAGCUCACUGUCUGCCAUGGCCUGUGAACCGCAGGUGCACCCAGGGGUGGCUGGCCCCUUGCCCACCUCCUCCUCCGGCUGGGGCACCCUGCCUGCAGCGAGCCCGAGCCCUCCUGGCUGGGGGCAAGAGCUCCACAAUGGCCAGGUCCUCACAGUUCUCCGGAUCGACAAUACCUGUGCACCCAUCUCCUUCGAUCUGGGAGUUGCGGAAGAGCAGCUGCAGACCUGGGGCAUUCAGGUCCCGGCCGACCAGUACAGGAGCUUGGCCGAGAGUGCCCUCUUGGAGCCCCAAGUGAGAAGAUACAUCAUCUACAACUCGAGGCCCAUGCGGCUGGCCUUUGCUGUGGUGUUCUACGUGGUGGUGUGGGCCAACAUCUACUCCACCAGCCAGAUGUUUGCCCUGGGGAACCACUGGGCGGGCGUGCUGCUCGUGACCCUGGCCGCGGUGAGCCUGACCCUGAUGCUCCUGCUUGUGUUCGAGAGACACCAGAGGAAGGCCAACACCAACACGGACCUGAGGCUGGCGGCUGCCAACGGAGCCCUCCUGAGACACCGGGUGCUGCUGGGGGUGACGGACACGGUGGAAGGAUGCCAGAGCGUGAUCCAGCUCUGGUUUGUCUACUUCGACCUGGAGAACUGUGUGCAGUUUUUGUCUGACCAUGUUCAAGAAAUGAAGACUAACCAAGAGUCCUUGCUGAGAAGCAGAUUGAGCCAGUUGUGUGUUGUCAUGGAGACAGGAGUGAGCCCCGUGACAGCGGAGGGGCCUGAGAACUUGGAGGAUGCUCCUCUCCUGCCCAGCAGUCCUUGUCCCCAAGAGACACCACUGAUGCAGACUGAGCUUCACCAGCUUGUUCCUGAGGCCGAGCCGGAGGAAAUGGCCCGGCAGCUGCUGGCAGUGUUUGGCGGCUACUACAUCCGGCUCCUGGUGACCUCCCAGCUCCCCCAGGAGGGGAGAACACGACACACUGACUCUCCGAGGGUUCCAUGCCCCUGCCAGCUCAUAGAAGCCCACAUCCUGGCCACAGGGUGCUGCCCGUUCCUGGCCAGGUGACCUAGGGACCAAGGUACUCAUCUUCCUCUGAGACCGAGAGGUGGGGGGAGGCUUCAGGAGCCUGACACGGCCGGUGGCGAGCCCCCGGUGAGAGCAGCGUCUGGGGCAUUGCAAAGGGGGUCAGUCACGCCAGCAACAGGGGUGCCGUGCUCACUGUGGGACGCUGCACAAAACGGCUGCGCCCUGGCCUUUGCAGAAGCUGAUGGUCGCUGAGCUGGUCCCAGCCCAAGCUACCCUGUGCUGCUCAGAACUGGGGACAUGGACAGAAGGGCCCGUCUCCCAUCCCUUCCAGUGUCCGGAAAGCCCAGGAGAUACGAAGAUGGCAACUGGGGAAACCAAUGCAUCCGGAACUUGGUCUCAGAUGAUGCUUCUGUCCCCAACCCCUUAUGUCAGUUGGAGAAACUGAGGCCCAGAGAGGAUGCUGCCCUUUUGUGGCAUUGCCUGGGCGGAUGUCUAAAAUUGUAAGACUUCCUCUUUCCAAUCUGAGGAAGAUAAGUCGGUUUCAGAAUUCUCUCCAUUUUUAUGUUUUCCUCCCCCAUAUUUUAAGAAAAACGGUGGCACCUGGCACACAGGCCACAGAAGACAGGAGGCAGAAGAAAGAGACAAAGGCAGCUAACUGUUAAUGUGAAUAUUUGGAAGAGGCUGACCCUGUUUGACAUGAGGAUUUAUUUUGCUCAAACACGUGCAUGCUUAUGCUCGUGGUUAUGCUGAGGAUGGCUAACCACACUCGUGUUUUCUGACGCUAAUGUUGUCCUGGCAGGAAGUGUGAUCAGUCACUUGUGGAAUUCUGUGAUGAGCCCCGAGGCCCUUGAACGAGUCCGAAGACCCGUUGUUCCACAGGCCUAAGUCCCAAAGCCCCGACCUGGCUUUGGAAGGCUCCCCAGCCCCCGAGACCCACCUUCACCUACAGUUUUGGCUUCAUCUCCCACAUAGCCGCUUUAUAAGUUGAAACACCUUCCUGGUCUGACAUACCUAUUCCUUUCUAUCUGUUGGACUCCUAUUUAUGCCUUAAAGCCCAGCUUUCCUUACCCCUCCUCAGGAAGCCUUCCAGCAUGGCCAGCCCUGCUGCUCUCUGACUCUUGAUACAGCUGCCACCUAUACUGACGUUCUGUGUUACUGAUUCUAUUUUCCUGUGUACAUGCUAGUUUUUCUAGCUAGACUGUAAACUCCUCAAGGAUAGAGACUGUACCUUAUACUUUUUGUGCAUGACCUGAGCCUGCCAAGGAAAAAAAAAAAUCCUGUGGAUUAUUUUGCCAUCUCCAUGGCACCUUUUGCAAAUUGUUCUCCAAACUCAGUUGAAUGAUAACAUUGGGAUGGACCCGGGUUUUGGAUGGACCUGAUCUGCCACUUCUAGCUGUGCAGCUUUUGACAAGUUACUUUCUUUGUCUGGUCCUCAAUUUGCCCAUCUAUAUAAUGAGUGCAUAAUGGAUGAUUCUUAAGGGCCCUUCCAGGAGCAAAGUUCUGGGAAUUUCCAAUUUAUUCUACACCCUCCUAGCUCUUGGCCUCUGUCUGUCUGUUAUGCCUUUAUCUACAUGCAGAAAGGUCCUACAGCCCCAAGGUGGCUAAGGUGUCCCAGGCCUGGUGUGCCCUUGGACAGAACACUGGCCUAGCUAGCAGGAGACUGGAUUCUUGUCCCCAGUCUGCUGCUUGCUAGCUGUGUGACCUUGGCUAAGUCACUUAACCUCUCUUAGUGUCACUUCACUCCUUUAUGAAAUGGAUCUGGUGAACAUGAAUGUAAUAAUGCGAGUGACUCACCAUGUAAGAGACCGGUCUGAGUACGCACUUUCUCUGCGCCAGAGAAGAGAGAUAGUGUGUAGACCAGCCCCCCAGAAGUGGCUGUUGUAGGCUUCUAUCUUUAGUCAGGGUUGAAGGCAGCUUUACUCAACGAAAUUAUUCACCAAGGUGAUUGAUCGCUGUCUUUCUGACCUGACACAGAGGAAAUACUGGCUGUGAAUGUGACCAAUAGAAACCUGUAUUUAUCAUCCCAUCAUCAAACUGUGGUAUGUAUAAUAACAGAGAAUAAAAACGUAUUUGUUAAAUGACAGA